AUGGCUACCGGAGCGCAAUCUUUCUAUGAGCUGUACCGUCGAAGCAGCAUUGGUCUCGCUUUGACAGAUACCCUUGAUGAUCUCAUCAGCGACGAGCGCAUCAACCCCCAGCUUGCUAUGAAGAUUCUGAGCAAUUUUGAUCAGGCAAUCACCGAGGCUCUUCAGAAGAACGUUAAGGCUAGACUUCAGUUCAAGGGAAGCCUUGACACCUACCGAUUCUGCGACGAAGUCUGGACCUUUUUGAUCAAGAAUGUAACCUUUAAAAUGGACAAUGGGAGUCAAUCCGUCACGGCGAACAAGGUCAAGAUUGUUAGCUGCAACGCCAAGAAGCCUGGCGAGGGACAAUAA